GGGGAAACAUACCAAACAGGGUAAGGUUACUCGUAGUCAUUGUGAUACUAAACAUGCUCAUGGCGACGUGCAUUUCCGUCACCCGCUCUAUCCAACCUCUUUUACGCUCUUCUUAUCCCUUUAUUACUCCCAAACAUCUCCCCAAAUCCCAUCCCUGCCCCCUGUGGUCUUCUUCCUUUUCAUUUUGUCUUCAGAAGUUCCAUAGAUCAACCCCAAUCACCACGGCCUUUUGCUCUUUCUCUUCUGUUCCCCCAAUGGCGCCCGAAGCUCCGACAGCGGCAUCGGAAGAUAAGCUUGAAGAGAAUCCUCUCUUGAAGGAUUUUGUUUUCCCUCCUUUCGAUGUUGUCCAAGCGGAACACGUCCGGCCUGGGAUCAGAGCUUUACUUGAGAAACUCGAGAAUGAUUUGGUUGAACUAGAGAGGACGGUGGAACCGGCUUGGUCGAAGUUAGUUGAGCCAUUAGAAAAGAUUGUUGAUCGACUCCAAGUGGUUUGGGGAAUGGUGAAUCAUCUCAAAUCUGUGAAGGAUUCUCCUGAACUCCGUUCUGCCAUCGAAGAAGUUCAGCCAGAGAAAGUUAAGUUUGAACUUAGACUGGGACAGAGUAAACCCAUUUAUAAUGCAUUCAAGGCUAUUCGAGAAUCUUCAGAUUGGGAAACAAUGAGUAAUGCUCGUAAACGUAUAGUGGAAGCCCAAAUAAAGGAAGCAGUCCUAAAUGGUGUUUCUCUAGAGGAUGCUGAAAGAGAGCAUUUUAACAAAAUUCAACAGGAGUUGGAAAAAUUAUCACAAAAAUUUGAGGAAAAUGUCUUGGAUGCUACAAAGAAGUUUGAAAAAUUAAUUACAAACAAGAAGGAGAUUGACGGCUUGCCAGCUACUGCUCUUGGUUUGGCUGCACAAACAGCAAUAUCCAAGGGUCAUGAAAAUGCUACUGCUGAGAAUGGACCAUGGGUGAUUACAUUGGAUGCUCCAAGCUUUAUGUCUGUUAUGCAACAUGCUCGGAAUCGAUCAUUGCGUGAGGAGAUCUAUCGUGCUUAUGUAACUCGUGCUUCUAGUGGAGAUCUUGAUAAUACACCCAUUAUUGACCAAAUUCUGACACUUAGAUUGGAGAAGGCUAAAAUUCUUGGUUACAGAAACUAUGCUGAGGUAAGCAUGGCAACAAAAAUGGCUACGGUUGAUAAAGCAGUUGAGCUCCUAGAAAAGCUUCGCAGUGCCUCUUGGGAUCCUGCAGUUCAAGAUAUGGAAGACCUUAAGAAAUUCUCCAAAGACCAGGGUGCUAUAGAAGCUAAUGGUUUGAGUCACUGGGACAUAAACUUCUGGAGUGAGAGACUUCGUGAGUCAAAGUAUGACAUAAAUGAGGAAGAAUUGCGUCCAUUCUUCUCAUUACCAAAGGUGAUGGACGGCCUUUUUGGUCUUGCAAAGAAGCUGUUUGAGAUCGAAAUUGAGCCAGCUGAUGGCCUUGCUCCAGUUUGGAAUAAUGAUGUAAGAUUUUAUCGUGUUAAAGAUUCCUCAGGAAAUCCCAUUGCAUACUUCUAUUUUGAUCCAUAUUCCCGUCCUUCUGAAAAACGUGGUGGAGCAUGGAUGGAUGAAGUUAUUGCUCGAAGUCGUGCACUUUCACGUGAUGGUGUCUCUUCUAGAUUGCCUGUUGCCCACAUGGUUUGUAAUCAAACACCUCCAGUUGGAGACAAGCCAAGUCUAAUGACUUUCCGUGAGGUCGAGACUGUCUUUCAUGAAUUUGGCCAUGCACUUCAGCAUAUGCUCACCAAGCAAGAUGAAGGCCUAUGUUCUGGAAUUCGGGGGAUCGAAUGGGAUGCUGUCGAAUUACCUUCACAAUUUAUGGAAAAUUGGUGCUAUCACAGGGAUACACUGAUGAGCAUUGCAAAACACUAUGAAGCUGGAGAGAGUCUUCCUGAAGAAGUGUAUAAGAAGCUCCUUGCAGCAAGGACCUUCCGUGCAGGUUCACUAAGCCUUCGUCAGAUACGAUUUGCAAGUGUGGAUCUGGAGCUACAUACAAAGUAUAUUCCUGGUGGGUCAGAAACUAUUUAUGAUGUUGAUCAAAGAGUUGGUAAGAAAACACAAGUCAUCCCAGUGUUGCCAGAGGAUAGGUUCCUUUGUAGUUUCAGCCAUAUUUUUGCAGGUGGAUAUGCGGGAGGAUACUAUAGUUACAAGUGGGCAGAGGUCUUAUCAGCUGAUGCUUUUUCAGCAUUUGAAGAUGCCGGGUUGGAAAAUGACAAGGCUGUAAAGGAAACUGGUCACAGGUUCCGAGAGACCAUUCUUGCUCUUGGAGGUGGAAAAUCACCACUUGAGGUUUUCAUAGAAUUCCGAGGGCGUGAACCUUCUCCUGAGGCACUACUACGGCACAAUGAUCUUUCGCCAAUUGCAACCUCAGCUUGAACUCUAUCAUUUGUUUUGCAAAAAUAUGAUUCAAAAUUAUGUGACAAAUAUGUGGACUCUCCCAUGUAACUCUAAUGUACACCGUCUCUUGAUUGGUUUGUGGUUUACAAUGAUAUUUAUCUAUUAUAGUUAUAGAGAAGGCUUUACAGUUUUUCCAGAAAAAGUUCUAUCCCGGUGGAUGACAUUUUACAUAAGAAUUCACAAUCAUAAAGUAACUAUUGAUCAUCUUUCUCCCAUA